AUGGAAGACGACACCGGUGGAACUGGAGGCUCUAUAGGUGGCCUUGGUUAUUGGAAGCAAAACCUGUAUUUGUUACAAGAACGGGCACCCAAGCCAUUGGCUGUCAAGUGUAACCGUUUCAUUGAGAACAGACCUCCUCAGUAUGGAAGUGAAUUUCACGGCCUCAUUGAUAGAGUUGAGGCUGAUCGUAUGCUCAUGGAAGCUGGUGAAGGAGCGUUCCUUGUGAGAGAAUCUAAACGUUCUCAGGAUGCAUUCACACUUUGUAUGCUCUUCGAUGGACGAGUGCUCAAUUACAAGCUUUACUACGACGGUACUCAUUAUGUGGGUGAGAAACGAUUUGAAACUAUGGAACUAUUAGUAGCUGACGGCUUAAUAUCAAUGUUUAUGGACAAGCAUGCAUCAGAUUACAUUAAGAGAAUGGCUGACGAAGCCAUAUAUGAACAUAGUCCGUAUAUGCAGUAUACGAAGAGUAGUGAACGAAAGCCAGUAGCUCGUUCACAUAGCUUUGCUCAGUAUACGUUCAAAAUGCCACACUAUUGUGAUUAUUGCCGAAAUUUUAUGUGGGGAUUAGUACAGCAGGGUGUUCGAUGUGAAGAUUGCGGUUUUGCUGCUCACAAGCGAUGUUCUGAGCACACUUUACCCGAUUGUCGACCUGAAGCUCGUUAUGUGAAGAGAAUGUUCGCCGUUGAUCUCACGACACUCUGCUUGGCACAUUCAACACCUAUUCCUCCAGUCGUCACUAAAUGUAUUAACGAAGUGGAGGCGCGUGGUUUGAAUGUAGAAGGUAUAUAUAGAGUUUCUGGCUCUCAUGAGCACAUGGAAAAAUUAAAGCGACAGUUUGACUCACAACAAAGUGUAGAUUUGAAUCAGGUGGAUGAUAUUCACACAGUAUGCGGCCUGCUUAAGCUGUAUCUACGACUACUUCCACAACAGCUGGUUCCAUUUAGUGUUUAUAAGGCGCUCCUAGUGGCAUUCGCUAAUUCACGAAGUGUACAUGAAAAAACGAGAGCUUGUCGAAAAGCACUGGAAGAACUCUCCGAGGCGAACGCCGUCACACUUAAUGCCCUUUUAAUCCAUUUACGAAAGGUUGCAGAGCAUAGUGCUCAAAAUAAGAUGAGCGUUGAGAAUAUUUCAACGAUUUUUUCGCCCACAUUAUUUUGUACGGGUGUAGUGCCAUCACUGCCACAGCAACAGCACAUGUUGCUGCAUUUUAUGAUCCGUACACCGCGAAUAGUUCCAUAUGUCUGA